UUGCAGGAAACAGCACCCGAAUGAAAUAUCCACACGAGGCCUCCCUCGCUUCCCAUCCCUCCCUCUCCCUCCAACGCCCGUCGAGUCACGCCUCCUCUCAAGUCUCAAGUCCACAACUGCUCUCCUCCCAAUCUCUUCUUCUUCCGCCCCAAAGUCGCUUCACCGGGGAUGGAGAUCGACGCGGCAGUCCGGGCGAGCAGCGACGGCCGGCUGCGCACCAAGUACGACAACGCCGUCUACGUCGUCCAGCGAGCCUUCGCUCUCUACCCGUUUGAGGAGAUUGCCUUCAGCUUUAAUGGCGGGAAGGAUUCAACCGUACUGUUGCAUUUAAUACGGGCAGGCUACUAUCUUCACAAAACAAGUUCCGGGGAUGAAGCCCAAAUCAAUACUGUUCAAAACUGUCCGCUGCGUACCAUAUAUUUCGAGACCCCUUGUGCUUUUCCUGAAAUCAACUCAUUCACUUAUGAAACAGUCUCAACUUAUGGUUUGCCAUUGGAAACUAUCCGGUCAGAUUUCAAAUCUGGUCUAGAAGGCCUAUUGAAAGAGAAGCCUACUAAAGCCAUUUUCAUUGGCACUAGAAUUGGAGAUCCAAAUGCGGUUGGUCAAGAACAAUUCUCCCCUAGUUCGCCUGGCUGGCCUCCUUUUAUGAGGGUGAAUCCUAUCUUGGAUUGGUCAUACAGGGAUGUUUGGUCUUUCCUCUUAACCUGUAAGGUCAAAUACUGCAGCCUUUAUGAUGAGGGGUAUACAUCCAUUGGGAGCAUAUAUGAUACUGUUCCAAAUGCACUUCUUAGUGAUUCAUCUACUGGGAAAAGCUUUAGACCGGCAUACAUGCUAUCAGAUGGAAGACUUGAAAGAGCUGGGAGAGCAAAGAAGACUAGCAACAAAACAGAAACUAAUUCUGUUGCAAGCAAUGGCAUGAACAAUGCUGAGGGAGAGCAAAUGAUCUCACGUUCAGCUUCAGUUAUUGUGGUUGGUGAUGAAAUAUUGUUUGGCACAGUUGGGGAUAAAGUUGGCGCAGCCUUGUGCAAGAAGCUUCAUGAAAUUGGCUGGCGAGUUUCUCAUGUCACGGUUGUUCACAAUGAAAUUGAUUCUGUUGCCGAGGAAGUCGAACAAUGUAAAUCUACUGAUGACGUGGUAUUUAUUUUGGGGGGACUUGGGCCUCUACAUUCAGAUGUUUCAUUGGCUGGUGUUGCAAAAGCAUUUGGAGUUCGUCUGGCUCCUGAUGAAGAGUUUGAGGAGCAUCUUAGUCAACUCAUAGGGAACAGUUACAUCGGUGAUCGAAAUGAGAUGGCUUUGUUGCCAGAAGGUAUUACCGAAUUAUUACAUCACAAGAUGCUCCCGUUGCCACUGAUCAAAUGCAAGAAUGUGAUCAUUCUUUCUGCAACUAAUGUGGAUGAACUGGACAUGGAGUGGAAUUGUCUUCUGGAUACCCAAGAGAGUGGUUUAGUGAAGACGAAACCUUUUGUAUCAAAACAUCUCAGCACUUUGCUCCCAGAUGUCAAAAUUGCUGCGGUGGUUGCAAAGCUAUGCCUAGAAUUUUCUGAUGUGUACAUAGGGUCUUAUCGGAUUUCGAGAAUGGGGCCGUUGGUUGUGAGUCUUAUUGGAAAGGAUAAUCAGAGGGUACAAGAGGCUGCUUUGAAGCUGUCAGGUAGCUUUGAAGGACAAUUUUCCCAGGUUGACGGUUGCAAAUAGGCUGUCAAAGUCUACACACCUCCAUAUUCGAACCACAUUCUUUCUGCUCGAAGUUCUGAAAUUGUGCAGAUCUAACUGUGCAAUGCGGUGCUCAGAUGCCUUAAACCACCCAGCUACCACUCUGAAGCCCCAGAAAUUGUUUAGGAAACAUACAAAUUUUGUAUUGCUACCCAUUUAGAAAUGAAUUGACAAGUGCAGAUGCUGAGGGCUUCGGCUAGUAACAACUUAACAUGGGUAGCUUUGCCGGCUAUUUUGACUGGGCUAAGAAACACUGUUAUUUUGUGGAAAAUUAAUUGAAGUUGAUUAUAGCACGGUUUUCUUA